AUGACCAUCCUUUUCCCUCGGAUCACUCAAGUAAAACAAAUUCUGCGAAGAUCGUUAUCCAAUGGAAGCAGCACAACCAAAUCUAUGGACAUCCCGAAAGGCUAUUUAGCAAUCUAUGUUGGUGAGCAAGAAAAAAAGCGAUAUGUGGUUCCUGUAUGGUUGUUAAGCGAACCUGCUUUUCAAGAAUUAUUAGAUCAGGCAGAACAAGAAUUUGGGUAUGUUCAUCGUAUGGGUGGCCUCACAAUUCCAUGCAGUGAAUAUACAUUCAGUGAUGUUGCUUCUCAGUUAGGUGCAUUAUGA